AUGUGGAAAUAUUCCUUGUGGAUCGUCCUAUUACUUAAGACAGGUUCCGUAUGUCUGGAGAUCAUCAAUGGGUGUGAUUUCGAGCCCUGCCAAAAUGGAGGCUCCUGUGAAGAUCUUGAGGGAAACUACACUUGCCACUGUUCAAAGGACAGCCUAAAUGGCCAACUUUUUGGAGGGGUGAACUGUACAGUGCUUCUGAUUGGAUGCCGGGGUCACAGGUGCCAGAAUGGAGGCAUAUGCUCCCCUUUUCUCAUCAAUGGACGGCACCGAUAUUCAUGUGCUUGUCCUCAGGGAUUUGCUGGUCCCAAAUGCAGGACUUCCUCCACUUUCUCCUUUGAGACGGAUGGCUACCUCCAUAUCACUCCCCCUCCGACAAAUAGUGAGGAUCCCCUGAACAUUACCUUGAACUUUCGCACAGACCAGACUGCUGGUACAAUCCUGCAGAGGAGAGUAGAGAACUUGUUGCUUACAGUGGAGCUGAUUGAUGGGCAGCUACGUCACACCCUGCAGUGGGCCCAGAGCCCCGGCCGUGUCCUUCAGGAGGUCGUGGCGGACGGGAUGUUGGCAGACGGAAGAUGGUACAAACUGGAGGCCUUGCUCCAGGGCGACGUGCUGGACCUAACGCUGCAUUGUGGGAAAGGUGGCGACUGCCCCGAGAUCAAGAGGUUGCCCCCAAGACCAGCUGGACAGCUGUCAUCCUCAGAGAUGGGGUCGGGCUUCCUCGAGACCAGCGCUGCCGCUGGUAAUGACAGCAUCUUUAUUGGGGGGACGCGAGGCGGCGGUGGUGGUGGGGCCGCCACACACUUCAUUGGCUGCAUUAAAGAAGUUCACGUGGAGUCUAAGUUGGUGGUGCCCGGGCAUGGGAUUGCGGCGAAAGCUGAACAGGUGAACGUGACAGCGGGCUGCAGCGAUCGGGACAAGUGUGAGGACGGGCCAUGCCAGAACAGGGGGAGGUGCAUCAGCCAGGGCUGGAUGAGGUACUCGUGCGAGUGCCAUCGGCCAUACGAGGGAGACAACUGCCAAGAGGAGUACGUCACCGCACGUUUUGGGAACGAAAACGCGGAGAGCUAUGCUUCCUUCCUGGUGGAGGACGACCCCAGUGAGACUGUUGCACUGUCGCUGUUUAUCCGCACGAGGAGGCCACAAGGCCUGCUACUGGUCCUGGCCAACAGCACCAGCCAGUACGUACGCAUCUGGCUGGACGAAGGCCGGGUCAAAGUUCAGAUCAACAACUUCGAGACCUUGGCCAGCCACGGCGUUGUGAGCGACGGCAAGUUUCACCUGGUGAGUGUGAAAGUAGAGCAAGGGAGGGUGGCUCUCUUCCUGUCGGCCAGGAGCCAGGGCAACAUCCCCGUUCGGAACAUUAUGGUGCAGACCGGAGACGUGCUGUAUGUGGGAGGACUGCCGGAUCGACGGGCCUCCAUGGCUUUCGGAGGGUACUUGAAAGGCUGCAUCCAGGACCUGCGCAUGUCGUCGAAGCGCCUGCAGUUUUUCCCCAUCGGCACUGCGGUCAGCUCGUACGCCCAGGAGAAGCUGGUGGAGGUCACACACGGCUGUGCCAGCGACAACUCCUGCAGUGUAAACCCAUGCUUGAAUGGCGGAGUGUGCUACUCCAUCUGGGAUGACUUUGCAUGUAACUGCCCUCCCAAUACAGCCGGCCAGCGCUGUGAGAAGGUGAUGUGGUGCGAGCUCUCCCCUUGCCCCUCAGCCGCCACGUGCAUGCCAGACGGUGACGGCUUCCAAUGUGUUUCCAAUGCGACGUUCUGGGAGAACAGCACCAUUCUGGCCUACAAGGGAAACGGGAAGAUCGAGCGCCCCCUGGUGGGCGUGUCCCUCCACCUGCGGACCAGGGCCACCGACGGCACCCUGCUGUACGCCGAGAGCGGCAGCAAGUUCAUCUCCAUCUCGGUCCAGGACUCCCGCCUGGUGCUGGAGCUGGAGGGGGUGGGGCUGCCAACGAGGCUGAGUCUGGAGAGUGGCGUGGAGGUCAGUGACGGGCGCUGGCACUCGGCGGAGCUCAUCAUGCAGGAGCCCAUGAGUCUGGCGUCCCCCUGGGCCAUGGUGCUGGACGGGAACAUGGAGACCGCCGUAGUGUCGGACGCCGGCUCUGGAAAUUUGGAUUUCCUGAAGAGCGGAGUGGAUAUUCUGGUUGGGGGACUUGGAGGGCUCCCUGCAGCAGCAGCCGGUAAGAACUUGGUGGGCUGUCUCGGCCCCUUGGAGAUCAGCGGGCUGCUGCUGCCGUUCUACACUGACGCGGAGAUCAACCUGCACCGGCCCCAGGACGAGCAAUUCCUGCGCGUCUCCGCCGCCCCCUCGUUUGGCUGCCGGGGCGCCGGCGUCUGCCACCCCGAACCCUGCCAGAACGGGGGCACGUGCACAGACGUCUUCAACAAGUUUCAGUGCAGUUGCCCCCUAGGCCUCGGUGGGCUGCGCUGUGAGCAUGCGGUGGAUGCGUGUGCGUCUGAACCCUGUCUCCAUGGCAACUGCAGCUCUAAGCCGAUGGGGUUUGAGUGUGUGUGCGAGCCUGGUUUUCGGGGCAGGCUCUGUGAGGCUCCGGAUGACGUGUGUGCUGGUAACGAGUGUGGCUACGGAGCCACCUGCCUCAGAGGACUCAGACGCUACGCCUGCCUCUGCCCACGCAACGCCACAGGUGCCCUUUGCAGACAAAAGGUUCCUGAACUCCCAUGGUACAUUGACAGGAUCCCAUACCCUAAACUGCCAACGUCGAUCUGUGGGACCAAUAAGCUGAAUUAUAGCUGCUUUAAUGGUGGAAACUGCUCAAGAACUGAUGAGGCUUGUAUCUGUAUGCCUGGCUUUACAGGACAAUGGUGUGAGCAGGACGUGGAUGAGUGUGCCUCUGACCCCUGUCAGAACGGAGGGUACUGUCGCAACCUCAUAAACCGCUUCCAGUGUGUAUGUGAAAUGAGCUUUUCCGGUGAAUUCUGCCAAAUCGACGUCAGUGAUUUCUACGCUUAUGUGUUCCUGCUGUUGUGGCAGAACAUCUUUCAACUCCUUUCGUAUCUUAUCAUUCGUCUGGAUGAUGAUGACCCUGAGAUUGAGUGGGACAUGGGCGAGUUGUGA